AUAAGUUUAAUUUCUAAUAGAAUAUUUCAUAAUGUAAAGUUUAUGAGCACAGUUCGAACAGCUGUACUGUUAGAUGAAAAAGUCAACGAAGAUAUACAGAAUGCAAUUUAUAAACCACGUAAACAUCCUGGUGUUAUGAAAUAUAAAAAUGUUCAGCUUCCAAUUGAGUAUAUCAAGGCAAUGGAAAAUUCUAUACAAGAUUUUCCAAUAAAGAAAUUGGUAAAUGAUGGCCAAGAAUUAAACAGAUACUUAGCUGGAAGACACCCGCCUCCCACACAGCUCGAAAGGCGAGAUAAAUAUGAACAAAUUAGAUUAAAAAUAUUAGAAAAGUCGAAAUAUAAAUUUACUGAUGACAUGCCGGAAGAAGAAAGAGUUAAACAAGAGAAAUUCUUGCAUAAUGAAAUAAUGGUAAAAUGUAAUAAACAAAUAUACGGCUGGAAGCCAAUGUCGUAUGAUGAUUUGGGAGCUCUGACUUAUAUGUUUGGAAGAUCUGCUCAGGAAUAUGCUGUACUCGUUAGAAUUUUUGGAGAAAUAUAUGACAGGGUUCUUGAUUUCAAACCAAAGAGUUUCUUGGAUUUUGGGUCAGGUGUAGGCACUGGUACAUGGGCAGUAAACCAUUUUUGGAAAUCAAACAUUUUUGAAUAUUUCUGUGUUGAUUCAUCAAGUUCAAUGAACGACUUGGCUGAUAUUAUUCUCAAAGGUGGCCGGGGGAAUAAACUGAACCCUAUAAAAGGAAUCUCAUAUAGACAAUUUUUGCCUGCAGCAAGAGAGAUCAGAUACGAUAUAGUCCUAUGUGCCUACACCCUUUUUGAAAUGUCGACACCAGAAUUGCGUUUGGAGAAACUGGUAAAAUUGUGGAACAAAACUGAACAAUUUUUAGUUAUCGUAGAAAUGGGAACGAAUGCUGGAUUUAGAUUGAUUUCUGAAGCACGAGACUUUCUGUUGCAAUAUGAUGCAGAAAUAUUCGCCCCGUGUCCGCACUCCAAACCAUGUCCACGAUUCAUGACAGAUGAAACCCCAUGCAAUUUUGAAGUAAAAUAUUCAACUAUACCUCUAGCCGCUGUAUCCCAAAUCAAAACAGAACGAUUCAGUUACAUAGUUCUCAGAAAAAAAGCAAUCAGCGACUCAUCAACAGAUGUAUUAACUAAAAAAAAAUUGAGGCAAAAACUCAAUCGCUUCAGUUCUGAAAGAGAAGAAUCGAUCAGAAAUCUUAAUAUUGACAAGAAAGAAAGUACAAGCGAUGAGGUUAAUGUGAAAAGUGAUGAGGAAGUAUAUGAUGACAAGGGUGAUUCUGUUACUUGUACUUGGCCGAGAAUAGUUAGGCCCACUUUGGUGAGGUCGAAACACACCGUGUGCAGAAUGUGCACUUCUGAUGGUCAAUUAAAAGAAGUCGUUGUUACUGCUGCUAAACAUGGAAAAACGGCUUACCAUUGUGUGAGGUCGAGCAAAUGGGGUGAUUUGUUACCCGUUACUUUAACAGAAGUCGAGAAAAAGUCAAGAUUUAGUCAUAGUGAUAAUGAGACUGAUGAAUAAGCUAACUAUCUAUAUAUUAAUUAUAUAAGUUUAUAAAAUAUAAGUUUGAUAAUAUAAACGUAUAAGAAAUUUGUAUUUAUAUUCAACAAUAGAAGAUUUA